AUGAAACUCACCAGUACCUUUGCCUUGCUGGCGCUACCUUUUGGUGUACUUGGGCGAGAGCUAACACAGACCGGAGCACCUUGGGGCCUCCGUGCCAUUUCGCAUCGUGACGCACACGCGCGCCCCUGGCAGACCAGCCUUCGCCGCUUCGAGUACUUUUAUGACGAAACGGCAGGAGAGGGCACGUUCGGCUACGUCAUUGAUGGCGGCGUCCGCAUCUCGCACAAGGAGCUCGAGGGCCGUGCCGAGAACCUGUGGACGGCUGAUCUGUCGCCGUACCCGCGCAACGAGCCCAACUACGACGACAAGACGGGCCACGGCACGCAUAUUGCCGGCACGAUUGCCUCCAAGACCUACGGAGUGGCCAAAAAGGCGCAUAUUGUAUCCGUCAAGGUCCAGAACCGCUUCGGAAAGACGACGUCAUCAAAUCUGCUAUCAGGGAUUCACAAAGCCGUCAAGGACAUCAUUGACAAGGGCCGCGUCGGCAAGGCCGUCAUUAAUAUCUCGUUAGGCGGUGGCUGCCAAGAGAGGGCAGUCUCGCAAGCUAUUCAGCGGGCUGUGACGAACGGCAUCACGAUUGUACAAGCUUCUGGCAACGAAGGCGAGGACGCCAAAGACUAUUGCCUCGCGCCGAAAGCUGGCGCCAUUACUGUGGGAAAUAUGAAGCCAGAUUGGACCAUACACAACACUUCCAAUUUCGGUUCCACUGUGGAUAUAUUCGGGCCCGGAACAGAUAUUCUUUCACUGUCUAGCGCAGACGACAAGAAGCUUCAGUUAAUGACUGGGACGUCAAUGGCGGCGCCUCAUGUUGCCGGCGUUGCCCUUACCUUCAUGUCAGCCUCGGGCUCUCCCAAGCGCCGUCACGAGAUUGUGAGCAUGCUUGAUUCAACCUGCACCAAGGACAAGAUCACGGGCGACUUGCGCGGCUCUCCUAACAAGCUGGUCAAUAACAACAACAAGAAACAGGCGAAAUAG